UUGUAUAUUGUAUAUUGUAUACUGUAUAUAUCAUACCUAUUCAGUUGGGGGCUGCAGGCCAAAUCCAUCCCUCAAAUCAAGUCAAACCGCAUCACCCUACCUCAGACCAGUUCAACACUAGAACAUGUUGGCCCCCUUGCAAAUCUCAAAUGCCCCAAAAGCAACUUCCUCUAAAUUUCGCAAUCAGAAGACGAGAGACCAAAUGCGUUCUUGAUUGAAAGGCAGAAUAUGCUCCAUGGAUGAUCUUACCGUAUAAAUGGCACAUUCAUCUUUUAAAAAGUUAUUUGGUCACUGCCAUUUUUCUGACUUUCACUCAAUCAGAGUGUACUACCUGUUUGGCACCGCGCCCAUUUUCUGGUAUGCGUGUGGCAGAACCCCACCCCCAGAAAUUAAUCCAUGUUCACCUAUACAAAAUAUUUCUACUACCACCAGUCAUGGCACCCUACAGCCGGGCCUGCUUGUGCUUUCAACUCGUGCUCGAUAGUUUGUCAAUUUAUUUUUGGCAACACUGGUGAAACACUUUCAGUUUCAUACUGUGGGCAGUCUCUUCCGUUCCGUCUUAUUUACGCUACCAAACCGAGUGACUGUACUACACAAAUCUUUACAACAUGCAUAUGAGUAAAGUAUUACCGGUAUUUAUAUUCCUACUGAUGGGUUAUUCAACAGGAAGCAACGAUGAGUGGGUUGACUACAUAGACAUGCUGAGAUACGAUUCGGUAUCUCAAAGUAUGAAAAGAAAGGAUGACCCAUGUGCAAAGUGCUACGAAACCCACGGGUUGUGGGCCCCGAUUAUGAUUUUAAAGCAUGCACCGCUUGCUGACCUCUUCAAGAUCGGCAUGACUCUUCUACUAAUUAUUCUGGGACAUACAUUCAUCAGGGCCCUCCUCCGACGCCGGGGCAACCACAACCCUCCUCCUUUAGCUGUGCCCCAAGUUCAGGCUGUGGGUGAGGCUCAUGGAGAGCAUGUCGACCCUCAGGACCCCGAGCCCGGAGUAGAAGAGGCACCACAGUUCCUUCAGCCGAGAGUGGAGGAGAACGAUAAUUCUUCUGAGGGCCACUUACUCGGAACACAGAUAAGACCAGCAGCUAUGGGACCUGAAUUUGAAAACAACCUCCCAGCACAUAAUACCCAAAAUCCAUUGGACAGAGAGGGCGAUGGAACAGAAUCAGAUAGUGAGAGAUACUGUAGUUUUCACUUUCCAGUUCCUGAGACCAGAGAAUAAACAUAACAUCUGGUCAUACUUGAGACCCGACCCGACCCAAAUCUGGCACGGACACACUCUCAGGUGCUGUCUGGGCAGGGUGAUGGACAUACGUUGCAGCCAGAACAUCUGCAAAUCCUGGCACCUCUUGAAACGGUGAAUAUUGCCAAAGCACUGCCAAUCAACCACCGAGACAUGAGGCCAACACUGUAGUGUAGUGAGCAUAGGAGGAGUCGGCCUCAAAAGUAGUCAACGGUUCAAAUGAAUCAUGGGGCGAUGUAAUGUGAAUAUGAAUGCUAAUAAGACAAUAAAGACAUGUAGCUGUUCACUUGGUAUGUGAAGUUGCUCACAAUAUAGUGUAAACAAGGAAAGGACAUAAACAUGCACAUUAUGUAUAAGGUAUGUCACACAGCAAACCAAUUUAAGACCACACCAGUUUUACACAAAGGAGGUUUUAUUCCUCAUAGCAUGUGCUUCAAAAUGUUAUUUACAAAAGGAUAUCAGCUGCUACACAUUACUGAGGUCAUUAUUUUACCAAAUACAUUAUACAAUUUUCUCAUGCACACACUGCUAACACACAUACGGACGGUUAAAAAAAUAUAAUUAUAGAGUACUGUACCUUUCUAAACUCUACAAAUAAUUCUGGUGGGGAUUAAAAACCUUAAAAGGAGAAAAGAAGUGGCAGUAUACAAUUACUUAAUUAAGAAAAACAAAACUGAAA